AGAGGCGACGUGGAAUGCCGGAACGUACUAGUUAACAUAAAUGCUCAAAUACUCCUCUGGUCAAACGAAAGAAGAGAGGGAGGACUGGGUCAGUCAUUGAGAUUGAUUUUUCUCCUAUCGUGAAGUAGAGACAAACUUCCACGACAGCCUGAGCUAUGGUCCAAGACGCGGCGACGAGGGCUCUGUUGUUGUGGGCACUGGUCAGCCUCCCAGAACUGUGUCAAGGUCAUGGGUACCUGAUGGACCCCCCGGCACGUGCCAGUAUGUGGCGGGAGAACUUCAAGACACCCAUAAACUACGACGAUAACCGACUCAACUGUGGAGGCUACUAUACGGUGACGAUGAAAGUGAUGAUAACGGCCAACCACCUGGGCUGGUUCGAGUUCAGACUCUGCCCACACAACUCCCCAAGCACACCAGUAACGCAGGACUGUUUGGACAGACACCUGCUCCAGCUGGCAGACGGUAGCGGCACACGUUUUGACCUGGGCACCAAGAUCAGCGCAGUCCCUGUGGAGGUCAAACUUCCCGCGGGUGUGACGUGUUCCCAGUGUGUGCUACAGUGGAAGUGGCAUGUCGGUAACAGCUACGGGCAAGACGGACAAGGAAACGGCUGCAAAGGUUGCGGUCCGCAGGAGGAGUUCUAUGGCUGUUCAGAUAUCAGCAUUACUACUGGUGGGGGUGGAGUCAACCCUACCAGCGGACCAAUCACAAACGCUCCUGUCACAAACCCUCCAUUCACGUUCCAACCAGUCACAUACAGACCCGUAACAAGCGUCCCUGUUAGCACGCAGAGGCCGGUCUAUCCGACAUUCCAGCCAGUGACAUUUCAGCCAUUCACAAACCCCCCUCCUCAAACACAAAAGCCUGUUUAUCCAACGUUUCAGCAAAUUACAUUCAAGCCUUACACAAACUCCCCGCCCAAAACCCAGCCCCCAGUUUACCCAACCUUUCAGCCAAUCACGUCUCGUCCUUACACAAACGCCCCACCCCAAACCCAACCUCCUGUCUAUCCAACAUUUCAGCCAAUCACAUUUCAACCAUACACUCAGUCCCCUUACCAACCUGUAACUAAUGCGCCGUAUCAGCCGCCGGUUACUGCAAAACCAAACCCAAGACCAACAGGCUAUGUACCAAUGUCCCCAGCGGCAUCAAUGAAGCCUGGAACACCUCAGUACGUCUUCACAACUCGCCCCACCAACCCACCAGUUACGUUUUACAGACCACCUUCCACACGCCCCCCACCAGCCACACCACGCCCAACAAUCUAUAGACCACUCCCCACAAUAAAACCACAACCAGUCUUUACAUUCAGACCUACCUUCGCCCCGCUCAUCACCCUGACCUCUGCCCCCUUCACUUACAGACCAAACGUCUUCCCUCUAGGGGGCAGGACCACACAGCCACCACGCACAACACGACCUCCACCAGUCACUUUCUACAGACCACCUUCCACCGCGAGACCGUUACCACCCUUUCAACCAAUAACAGCGUCCCAACCAACCCGGGCCCCAUUCACACUUAAACCAACCGUAUUCCAGCUUGGGGGAGGUACCACAAAACCACGAACCAAUCAGCCACUAAACACAAUGUAUCCGGGUAGAGUGACCCCACCCCCUGCGACAGCUCGUCCAAUGACAGGCCCGUACUGCUACGCCAUCAACGUUCAGGGAGGGAACACAAAGCUGGACCAGUGGUGUAACGCUCAGUGUACGCGCCUAGGGGGAUCAUGCCCUCCGGAAUAUUGUGAGUGUAAAACGUAAAAACAAAAACAAAAACGGCUGGAGGCGAUGACCUAAAAAAAAAUCUAAUUAACGAUAAUAAUAAUAAAUACAGACCCGAUUCCGGAGCCCUUUUAUCUGAAUAAAUAUACAAUAAUAUCCCCAAA